GUGCAUCUAUAUCUUGAUGACUAGAUAUUCAUUUCUGGAUAUAUUUCGCCUAUUUCAUGCAGCUAUCCAAGAAAAACUCAAAUGAUCUGUGAACGGUCUUGACUGUUUAGACGUGUGUACUACAUAUCCCAGCACCACCCUCGAAUGAUAGCGUAAUUUCCGAUUACGUCCUAGACGUUACGUUUCAUUUACGCACAACCUCGCUUGGGCUGAAAAUAAUACACUCUGGACAGUGUGAUAAUGGUGUAAUUCUUGACGUUUUUAUUCGACUCGAGUUUAUUUUGGGCGGUCGGGCGUUUUAACCGGACAAAGGGAACUCGGCCAGCUGUUAAAGAGGAAGUCGGCUGUCAAACCCAGGGGCCGCGGCGCGAUGCAUGCUGCCAGCGAGAAAGCUUCUCUCUCCGGGACGCUUGUCCCAGCGAGGCCGGACACUGCUCUCGCCGUGAUACAGACGCCGGAGGACACAAAGAAGCUCAAGAGGAAAAUCCUCGAUGAAGACACUUACAUCGAGAGUUUAGAAAAGAUCAUCCAGAGAGACUUCUUCCCCGAUGUGACUAAACUUCAAGCCCAGAAAGAUUACUUGGAGGCCGAAGAAAAUGGGGACCAUGAGAAAAUGAGAGAGAUCGCCAUAAAAUACGGAUCAUCUUUGACAAAGUCCACGCCACGCACCUCUGUACCAUAUGCGACUCCAGCUACUUUCGAAACCCCCGAAGGUCAGCCCGGCUCUCCCUCUUUGUCCCUAAACAAGCUGCGGCAGGGGACAAAAGCUACGGAAGAAGGGAGUAAGGAGGAGGAGGAGGGAAAGGAGUUGCCAUCCCUGGAUCGCUUCCUGGCAAAAGCCACCAGCGAGGACAACGCUUCCUUCGAGCAGAUCAUGGAGCUUGCCAAGGACAAGGAGAAGCUGAAACAUGCCUGGAUGUACGAGGCCGAGCUGGAAUCCGCAAAGCGACACGAGGAGAUCCUGGCUUUGCCGUCUUCGGAGAAGCAGGCCAUCGAGUGCGGCAAGGCGGGCGUGGAAACCUGGGAGUACAAGGCAAAGAAUGCCCUGAUGUACUAUCCUGAGGGUGUCAAGGACGACGAUGCCGUGUUCAAGAAGCCGCGGGAGGUGGUGCAUAAGAACACACGGUUCGUGGGAGACCCCUUCAGCAGGGCGCUGAACAAGAGCCAGCUGCAGCAGGCCGCCGCCCUCAAUGCGCAGUUCAAACAGGGGAAAGUUGGUCCCGACGGCAAAGAGCUCAUCCCACACGAGUCCCCCAAGGUGAAUGGAUUUGGUUUUGUGGGGACGCCUUCCCCUGCUCCUGGUGUGGCGGAUUCUCCUUUGAUGACCUGGGGUGAGAUAGAAAGCACCCCGUUCCGCCUCGAUGGAUCUGACACUCCUUAUUCAGAGAGGAACCUCGGACCAUCCUUUAAGAUUCCCGAGCCAGGGAGGAGAGAGAGGCUGGGUCUGAAAAUGGCUAAUGAGGCCGCGGCCAAAAACCGGGCGAAGAAACAGGAAGCGCUGCGGAAGGUUACGGAAAACCUGGCGAGUUUGACCCCGAAAGGCCUGAACCCUGCACUGUCCCCAGCACUGCAGAGACUUGUGAACAGGACGUCUAGCAAGUACACAGACAAAGCUCUGAGGGCCAGCUACACACCAUCACCCGCACACGGGACCGCGGGAGGCAAGACGCCCGGGGGCGGCCUUGUGACUCCCACCAGUACCCCCACGCCCACCAGUGCCGGGACCCCCACAUCCCAGGACCCUGCCUCCAUCACAGAUAACCUCCUGCAACUUCCCAAGAGGAAGAAGGCGUCGGACUUCUUCUGAACUCUUGGGUAGUGGAUUCUUGCGUGUUCUUCGGAAAGGUCCAAUCCGGACGCUGGACUGUCUGAUGGGGAGGAUAUCUGUGUGCCGCAGCGAGGUUCUUGGGGCCUUAGUGCUUUGUUACUGAACUCGGACAUCACUGCAGGUAUACAAAGGCACAUGUCAGUGUGGUAUGCAUCAACAGUGACAGAAGAUGCUUUGUUUGGGGAAUCUAAACAUUUUGUACAGUUAUUUUUUUUUUUAUGAUCUAAAUAUAUUAUGCUUAUAUUUAAGAUCUGUGUUGGUCUCUUUUUUUGCAUUAUACAAUGGUGAUUUGAUGCACAGGAAUGUUUUGUGUGACACAUGCCCUUAAGCUUAAAUAUUCCUAUUAGUGUUAUUGAAGUACCAGUUUUUUUUUCGGUGUAUUUUUUUCUAGUACAAAAAUACAUUUACUAUAUCAACAACUGGAGCUGCUUCUAUGCUUGAACUAAUGGGAAGCCUUUUUUAAGGGUGCUUUGACCCUUGGUCCUGUGAACCUGUGGUCAGAACUGGGUUCCAUCUGGACCUCCUUGUCACUGUGGGUUGCUUGGUCAGUGGGCUUCUUGCUCUGAUUCUUCUUGAAAAAAGCCUUUUGCAACUAGGUCCAUCUAGGUCUCCCCUGUGGCCCAGUUCCAGGGAUAACAUGUGGGGGAAGUAGAAUCAGAUCCUUGCACUGUGCUCGCAGGUUAUAUGACGCUGGGAAAUGAACAAGGAGCUGUUUUUGAAUCUUGACCAUUUUCUUGAUAUUGGAAUUGUUGUAUGACACUGACCCAGUGAUCAUGAUGAAUAAAAUAAUACCUGUG